GUGUAGGUGGCUGAUACAGCAGCCACGUGCUCCAUGUUCCGAUGCGCAAACGCGUUCGUGAACUACCGCGAGUGUAGUGGUUGGGUCAAAGGGAUCGGAGGCAACAAGGCCCGCAUUCCCCUCCUAGGGUACGGAGACGUGACCGUAGUCUUUCUGACCGAACGCUGUAGGGUACCAGUGGUAAUCCUGAACGCCGCUCAUGUGCCCGAGUCCCCCCACAACCUUCUCUCACUGUUGGCGUUGGCCGAGGAAGGCCACACGUCUUCCGGCCAGAAGGGGGGGCUGACUCUCACUACGAGAGCCGGGGGGAAGGUGUGGUUCCCCCGGACGGGUAAGCUGCUAACUCAAGAAGGCUAUCAAAUCGAGCCGAAGGUAGACAUCGCCUGUGCCGCAACAAUUGUUCCUGGCGAUGCGAAAGCAGCCACCCCCACUGACCUCAACUACUACCACAAUUCGCACGGCCACACGCACGAGGAACUGCUCCAGAAAACGGCGAAACAGCAAGGAGUGCAGCUGACGGGAGNCUUUGCGAAGGUCUGA